AUGGCCCUUUUCUUCUUUCUUUUGUUUAUCUCACAUCGAGAGCAACUUCUUCUUGCUCAAGGUCAUCAGAUGAGAGAUCCCCUGAUUCCGAGAAAUCGGUCAAGCAGGGGGUUACCCUCUCCUCUUUAAGUCGAGCUACUUCCUCCCUCUCCUCACCUCUCGAGAUAUAUAUAUAACUCUUCCCAAAAGCUCUAGGAUGAGUAUGUCAUGGACUCCCGAAUUCAUUCUCGUCCUGAUCCACCAUAUAAUUUUUUAAAUCUACAAAAACAUUGA